UAUUAAUUUUUUACAAUUUUUUUUUAAGCUGAAUAAUCUUGAUAUUAUCUACUACUGCUUCUUCUCAGUCCUUACAGCAUAUCUAUUUAACUGACAUUACUAAAAUAGACUUACGUGUUCCUAUUCCAAUCGAAGCUGAACCCAAAAGCCAGUUUCAAUCUAGGAGUUUGCAUGAGAGUAUGAAGAUGAAGGCUGGGAAGAUUUUCUUGCUUCUUCUUUGUUUGAAUGUGAUUACCAUUGGAGUGAUUGCUAAUCCACCAACAUGCGAUGCUAAUCUUGUUGAGGCUUGCAGUGAUUCGAGUGAAUGGCAAGGGGAAUUCUUUCCUGGGAUUCCCAAAAUUAAGUAUGAGGGUCCUUCUAGCAAGAAUCCACUUGCAUAUAAAUGGUACAAUAAAGAGGAGGAGAUUCUCGGGAAGAAAAUGAAGGAUUGGAUGAGAUUUAGUGUUGCAUUUUGGCAUACAUUUCGUGGGAGUGGUUCCGACCCAUUUGGUGCACCUACAAAGUAUUGGCCAUGGGAAGAUGGUACAAAUUCAGUGGCUAUGGCCAAGAGAAGAAUGAAAGCCAACUUUGAAUUCAUAAACAAGCUUGGAGUUGAUUGGUGGUGCUUCCAUGACAGGGAUAUAGCCCCUGAUGGCAAAACCCUGGAGGAAAGUAACGCAAACUUGGAUGAAGUAGUGGCCCUUGCCAAGGAGCUUCAGGGAACUAAAAUCCGCCCUUUGUGGGGUACAGCUCAGCUGUUUAUGCAUCCUCGCUAUAUGCAUGGUGGUGCAACUAGCUCUGAAUUAGGUGUAUAUGUAUAUUCUGCAGCUCAAGUCAAGAAAGCCAUGGAGGUCACACAUUAUUUAGGCGGAGAGAAUUAUGUGUUUUGGGGUGGCCGUGAGGGUUACCAGACUCUCUUGAACACGGAUAUGGGACGAGAGCUUGAUCAUAUGGCCAGGUUCUUUGAGUCUGCUGCUGCUUACAAGAAGAAGAUUGGAUUCAAUGGGACACUGCUGAUUGAACCCAAGCCUCAAGAACCUACCAAACACCAGUAUGACUGGGAUGCUGCAACAGCAGCCAAUUUCCUGCGAAAAUAUGGCCUUGAAGGAGAAUUUAAACUGAACAUUGAGUGCAAUCAUGCCACCCUAUCUGGUCACAGCUGUCACCAUGAGCUUGAAACUGCAAGACUCAAUGGUAUGCUGGGAAAUAUUGAUGCAAACACUGGCGAUCCUCAGAUUGGUUGGGAUACAGAUCAGUUUCUCACAGAUAUUGGAGAGGCAACUCUGGUUAUGCUCAGUGUGGUCAGAAAUGGCGGACUAGCACCAGGAGGAUUCAACUUUGAUGCAAAACUACGAAGAGAGAGUACAGAUGUUGAAGAUUUGUUCAUUGCUCAUAUUUCUGGAAUGGAUACCUUGGCCCGUGGGCUUCGUAAUGUUGCCAAGCUGAUUGAGGAUGGUUCUUUAGCUGAGCUUGUCCGCAAGCGAUAUCAGAGUUUUGACUCAGAACUUGGGGCUCAAAUUGAGGCUGGUAAGGCAGAUUUUGAUAUGCUUGAGAAGAAAGCCUUUGAAUUGGGAGAACCAAAAGUUGCUUCUGCCAAGCAGGAACUUGCGGAGAUGAUUUUCCAGUCUGCACUGUAAAAAACAGCAGGUGCCACUGGGCUACUAGAUUUUGCUUAUCUUUUUUUGGGGAAUAAUACAAAAUAGAGGUUUACCAAUAAGGCACACAUUAUCACCAAAGUUAAUCAUGUAGGCCGUCUUCUCAUCUCAUCAUGGAAAGUCACAUGGGAAGAGUUGAUCUUUGUCCUGCACUCAUAAUUUUUGGUGGGGUUUGUUUGCCUUAAAUUAGGAUCGGAUAUUAUGCUUUCCUGAACUAGGCCAUUUCCAGAAAGCAGCUUUGUAUGUAUGGAGCUUUGGGAUACAUUAUAUCUUUUAGGUAAAUUGCUGUGAUCUGUGAAAGACCUUGACAACAAUAAUUGAGUACAAUCUAACUCGUGAAAUGAAGCAUAAAUUGACAUGAACGUUUUGAUGAUCUAA